GGACGUAGAUCUCGCUCAAAGGCCGAAGCGAAGAGAUCGUCGAGUGUUCGUUCGUUCGUUCGUUUUGUGAUCGGUUCGUCUCGGUUAAAGAAAACAUCUCGUUCUUGUUGUUGAUACUGUGGUGCGUGUUUAUGUUCUUCUUAUGGUUUUUUGUUCUAUUCUCUGAUAAAUAAGCGUGUCAUAAAAAUUAGCUCUUGCAGUGAUAAUGCAGUGCCAAUAAAUAAAUGCGAAAUUGCUUUAUGCAACGCCACAGAUCGUCUUUAUAUACAUAUGUAUGUACAUCUGUCUGUCUAUAUGUAUUGAUAUCAUUAUUUUUUGCUUCUUUUGCGUCGAGGAUAUACGAAAAUAGCCAGAGAAAAAAAAUUUGUCGCUGUCGCCGUGCAGGGAAGUGCGAAAUGUGCGUGAAACGAAAAUAAAAUUAAAUAGCGCAAAAAUUGCAGCAAAUAAAAAAAGAGGCGAAAAUAAAAGAUUGAAAUGUUUUUAAAUACAUAUAGAAAGUUGAGUUUGCAAUAGAAUUUGCAUACCAAGUCAAAUAGAGUGCCAAAGGAAAUGUGUAAAGAAAUAAAAUAAAAUACAAAAUCAGACAAACGUCGCGUCAUCGUCUGACAAGCGGAAAUUGUGAAGAAAAUACAAAAAAAAGAGAAUUACAGAAAUAAAAAGCAUUAAAAUUAUGAAUGAAAAUUCUUGGAAGUGGGCUAUGUGAGUGCGCGAUCAUUUUGAUAUAAAAGCUAUAAAAAAAAUCUUAACGUAUACAAAGUUGAAGAAAUAAUUAAAGUUCCCAAGUUCAAAGUCAAGUCGUUAAAAUGCGCAUUUGAGUUGAGUUACAGCAUUUGUUGUUUUGUGUCACAAUGAAAACCAGAAAGUUCUACAAUUGCCUUUUCUGCUGCCUUUUGCUGAUCCUGUUGAUGGUCAUCGAUGGCCACUGCAGACGUCAGGGACGUCAGGGCAAGACCAAGGCACAGACGAAGCGUCUUCAGAUCUUCUCACCUGCACAACUGCUCAAGGAAUACAAUUCCAGCGAUAGCUAUGCAGCCUCCUCCACAAUGGAUGUGCUCGAUGAGAACAUUAUGUCCUGGACAGGAGUUAGGAUAAAGGAACAGAAACCGACGACGACGACGGCGAAAUUACAAAAUCCGCGCCGUCGCAAAACCAAAAGUGGCCUCCUCAUCGAAAGUAACAUUGCCGAGGAGCAAAUGACAACAACUUCCGCAGAGUUUGGCUCCAGAUCUGGCAAGAAAUCCGCACAGCAGCGACGUCGCAAUGGACGCCUCCAAAGACCGAACAGCAAAUCGAAUGCGAAUGCUGUGCGUGAUCUGAACAGCCAACAGGCGGAUGAUGUUAGUGCUGGAAGCCCAAGUGGUCUUUAUCCGCCCGUUUUCAAUGUCGCUCCACGUGCCGCAAUAACUGUGAAUGCGACCUGCGGCCAAAACGGCGCCGAGGAAUACUGUAAAUUAGUCGAUGCAUAUCCGCAUCGCAAGUGGGCCACGCAAUGUGGCACCUGCAAUGCCCACAGCUCUGACCGGGCCAAGCAGCGACCCAUCGAGUCGCUUAUUUCACCCGGCUCCAGCUUCGAGGAGAGCUGGUGGCAAUCACCAACACUGCAGGGUGGCCGGCAGUAUGAGUAUGUGACCAUCACAUUGGAUCUGAAACAGACCUACCAAAUAUUCUUCAUUAUGCUGAAGUCGGCCAACUCGCCGCGUCCCGCUUCCUGGAUACUCGAGAAAUCCCUCAAUGGCAUUAACUAUGAACCAUGGCAGUACUUUGGCUUGAGCGAUGCAGACUGCAAGCGUCGCUAUAAUCUCCCUGGCCAGAAUGGAAAGUAUAUGUUCCAAAACGACACCGAAGUCAUCUGCACAACCCAGUUCUCGAAGGCAUUGCCUUUGGAGAAUGGCGAACUACACGUCUCCCUAAUGAAGAAUAGACCUGGAGCCAUGGCCCAAACACCUGAGUUGAUGCAGUUCAUCACGGCGCGUUUCAUGCGCAUCCGACUGCAGGGCAUGCAUUCAACAGCGAAUCUGGACAACAGCGUCGAUUGGGUGCUCGACUCCCAAUCGAUGGAGAAGCGCAGCUUCUACAGUCUGAAGCAGUUGCGAGUUAGCGCUCGACUAGAUUGCAAUGGAAAUGCGGAUCGCACCCAGGAAGUAAUGGGCAGCCAGUUGCUACAGUGCAGUUGUCAGAACAACGCCUGUGGCAUGCAGUGCGAACAGUGUUGUCCACUUUAUCAGGACCGCGUUUAUCGUCCUGGUGCCGAGUGCGAGAUUUGCGAAUGUCAUGGCCAUGCUCUCAGCUGCAGCUACGAUUCGUUUUUGGAACGUGGUAUUUGUGAGAACUGCGCCAAUAAUACGGCGGGCAACGAGUGCGAAUUCUGUGCCGGAGGCUUCUACAGAGCGGCAGAUGCAGCACCAACUGAACCGUGCUUGCCCUGCUCUUGCAAUCCACAACGUUCGACAGGCAUCUGUGCUCCGGUCGGAGGCGCCUGUCAUUGCCUGGAAGGCUUUCAGGGUCCCCACUGCGAGGAGUGUGCGCCCAAUCACUACGGCGACGAUUGUCGACGCUGCGAAUGCGAUGAACGUGGCACAAUGGAGGGAAGCGCCUGUGCGGGCAGUUGUCAGUGCAAGGCAAAUGUCCAGGGCGAAACAUGCGCCGAGUGUGCCACAGGCUACUAUGAUUUGGAUGAACACAAUCCAGAUGGCUGCAGUCGCUGCUGGUGCUCACAGGUCUCUGAGACUUGCCACAGUGCCAAGCUGCAAACUCUGGCCUUUGAGACACUAAACGAUUGGAGGUUGACCGACAUCCAGCGGCAACAGUCGAUUGCUGUGACCGUGGAUGCGGAGCAAAUGCGUCUGAUCUUUGGCAAUGAAUUGGAUGAAGUUGAGGCGAUCUACUGGCAGGCACCAGUGGGUUACCUUGGCAAUCGUCUGACCAGCUACGGUGCUAGGCUGCAGUUACAACUCUCCUGGGUGGUGAUGCGAGGCGAUACCUCGGGCAAACCAACAACAGGACCCAAUGUCAUACUGUGUGGCAAGAAUGGACUCAAGAUCGCUUAUGCAGAUGAAUCCUUUGAGAGUUUGGAGGUGGCUCUCAAUGUAACUCUCACGGAACACGGAUGGUAUCAUGUGCCGCCCGCUGUGAAGGACAUCAAGACACGACUUCGACGCACAGAGGGAGGUGCUUAUCAUGGGGAGCCCGUGACGAGAUCACAGUUUCUAUCCGUGAUGGUCUCACUGGAUGCAAUGCUUAUACGCGCUGCCUAUCACACAGAUCAGGUGGAAACUUCGCUGGAGCGUGCUGUCAUCUAUUCGGGAGGCUUAGAACUCGGAGCUAAGGCCACUACACAGGUGGAGCAAUGUAUUUGCCCGGCCGGCUACACUGGACUCUCCUGUGAGGGCUGCGCCUUUGGCUACAAACGCAUCUACGAGAACUCCACGGAUCAUCAGCUACUGGCAAAGUGCAUUCCCUGUCCCUGCAAUGGACACUCCAAUUCGUGUGAUCUGCAGAGCGGCAACUGUGGCGAUUGCAUGCACAACACUUUCGGAGAGCGCUGCGAGCGUUGCCAGCUCGGUUUCUAUGGCAACCCAUUGCAAGGCACGCCACACGAUUGCAAGCGAUGCGCCUGCCCCCUCUCAGAGGAGUCCAAUAACUUCUCACCCAGCUGCCAGCUGAAAAGCUACAACUACAUGGAUCUAAAUCCACAGUUUGAGCUGAUUGAGCAUGCCGAAUACAUUUGCACCCAGUGCCCCGAGGGCUAUACGGGUGACCAUUGCCAAGUAUGCGAUGAUGGCUACUACGGCAAUCCCAUGCAACUGGGCAGCAGCUGUCAGCGCUGCAAUUGCGAGGGCGGACCCUGCAACGUCACCACCGGUGCCUGCAUCACAUGCCAGGGAAACACCGAAGGUUGGCACUGCGAGCGCUGCAAACUGGGCCACUGGGGUGAUCCCGCUGUCGGCUGUGAGCCCUGCCAUUGCUAUGGGGAGGGCUCAGAGAGCGAGCUCUGCGACAGCACAGAUGGUCAGUGUCUGUGCCGGCCAAGAUUCGCUGGCCAGAAAUGUGAUCAAUGCGAAACCGGUUUUGCCCAUGUCGAGUUGCAAUGUGUGCCCUGUAAUUGCGAUACACUUGGCGCAGCUGUCUUGGACAGUUGCAAUGCCAGCACUGGACAGUGCGAGUGUAAGCUGGGUGUAAUGGGUGUCAAGUGCCAGGAAUGCGAAGAUGGUUACUUUGGCAUGAAUGUGAAUGUCGAGCGACAAGAGGAUUUGGCUGCGCUGCGUGAGGCAGAAAACGAUGCUGAUUGGGAGUUGGUUCCAGAGGAUGAUGACCAGAUGGAUGCCGUGGCCUGUGAGGACUGUCAAUGCAGUCCGGUUGGAUCGCUAUCGACCGCUUGCGAUAAGCGCUCCGGGCAGUGUUCGUGUCUACUGAAUGUGGCCGGUCGUCGCUGUGAAAAGUGCAGGGCGGGACACUGGAAUCUUACACAAGGUGUCGGUUGUUACGAUUGUCAAUGUGAUCCACACGGAUCACGCAGUCGUGAGUGCAAUCCGUGGACUGGUCAAUGCGAUUGCAAAAUCGGAGUCGGAGGAAGGCAUUGCAAUGAGUGCACCGAGGGCUUCUUCGGCUUCAGCACAGAUGGCUGUCAACGCUGUGCAGCUUGUGCGGCCGAGGGCCAGGUGUGUGAUCCCCUCAACGGACGCUGCAUUUGUCCCAAAUUCACUCGCGGCCUGGGCUGUGCUCAAUGUGUGCCUGGCACCUGGGGCUGGCAGGCGCGACUCGGUUGCCGGGAGUGUGAGUGCGAUCACAUUGGCUCCAUUGGCCAGCAUUGUGCUGCCGUCGGUGGACAGUGUCAAUGUCGCGAGGGAUACGCCGGACGCACCUGUAACAGCUGCGCCGUCGGUUACUUUGGCUAUCCGGAAUGUCGACGCUGUGGCUGCGAUACUGCUGGUUCGUUUAUGCGCUCCGAUGGCCUCAUUGCCUGUGAUUCCAACGGACAAUGUCCCUGCAAAUCGCUGGUGGUGGGACUCAAGUGCGACACCUGCAUGCAGAGCACCUUUGGCCUCUCAGCUCUCAAUCCGGAGGGCUGCACCCACUGUUUCUGCUUUGGCCGUGCCUCUGAGUGUGAGCAGAGUGAUCUAUCCUGGGGUCACAUACGCAUGUCAGAGGCACGCAAUCUCAGCGUGCAACAAUUGCGACCGCAGCACGUGCCCAGCAGCGAGUUCGAGUACAUUGUGGUCAUCCAGAUGGCAGGCAGCGUCUCCUAUCGCGAGGAUGCGGAAAUACAGCGCAUGAAUGACCUCAGCCUCGUGCCACGAUCCACCGGCAAUGUUUCCAUCGGCGCCUACACCCAGUUCUAUCAGCCACUGUACUUCCAGCUGCCACCGCAGUUCUACGGCGAUCGCACCGCCAGCUACGGCGGCAAUUUGUAUUUCUCGCUGCUCACCGAUGGCGCCCAUACGCCGCUGGAGCGCAAGGUGUUGGCGCAAUAUCCGUUGGUGCAGCUGCAUGCACAUGCCAAGCUCGUGCUGGACUUUUACGAGAACGAGGAGUUCGAGUACUCGCUGAAUGUGACACAUCGUGUGCCGUUGCACGAAUCGUAUUGGAAGUAUCAUCAUAAUAGUCGGGCAGUGGAUCGCGGCACUCUGAUGGCGGCACUGCAGAAUGUGCGACACAUUUUCCUACGUGCCUUUGCCUUUGCAGAGUUCCAGCAAGUUGUGUUACACAAUGUACACAUGGAUGCUGCCAUAUUCGUGCAGGGCUCCACUAAUCUCAUAGCUAAGGGUGUGGAGCGCUGUAAGUGUCCCAAACGUUUCGACGGCCUCUCCUGCCAGGAUCCCGGCAAUUCAUAUUAUCGCUGGCGCAAUACGAGCGAUGUAGAAAGUGUUUUCAUCGAGGAUCUAAUUGGACGUGCUGCACCCUGCCAUUGCAAUGGACGCAGCAACGAGUGCGACCGCGAAACCGGCGUGUGCAAGAACUGCCGCGGGAACACUGGUGGCGCCCAUUGUCAACAGUGCGCAGAUGGCUUCUAUGGUGAUCCGAACUCUCGUCACGGCUGCCAAGCAUGUCCCUGCCCCGAAACCAAUCGCAACUUUGCACGUGGUUGCAACGUGUGGGAGGGCGAGGUGAGCUGCAUCUGCAAGCCCGGCUACACAGGACGACUGUGCGAACGCUGUCAGGAGGGCUUCUUUGGCAAUCCGAUGCUGUAUCCGAACAGCAGCUGUCAGGAGUGCGGCUGCCACCCAGAUGGUAUCAGAGCCGAGGGCUGCGAUGCGGAGACGGGUCAAUGCUAUUGCCGCGAUGGCGUCGCAGGUCUCAAGUGCAACAAGUGUCUGGCAGAGCGACAUCAUCUCGUCGAGAACGGUUGCAGAGUCUGCGAUAACUGCACCUUGCUGUUACUGGAUUACGUGGAGCUAGUGGGGCACAAGUUGCGUCGUGGACUGCACAACAUGGAUUUAACGGGCAUUCCCGCACCUUAUCAAAUGCUCUCCGAGUAUGAGCGUGCCUAUGACAAGUGGCAUGCCCGGCAACAGAACUACAUUCAGGCUCGGCAGCUGCUCCUUGGCUACGACAACGGAGCACUCAUCAAACUGGAUGCCCAUGCCGAGAAUGGCAAGUUCCAGUCGCGCAAAGCUCUGGCCACCAUUGGGAAGCGGCAGCAUGCGCUCAACUCCAUGCAGGAAGCCGCACUGUUGGUGCAACAUGAUGUGGCUACGUUGCGUACCGAGAUUAAGCACACUCUGCACAAUCUACACAACUAUGGCCAAGGAGCUCAACAUCUGAGUUUGCCCACGGCACUGAAGCAGGCACGUUUCUAUCUGCAGGCCAUUCAACAGCAUCAUCAGCUAGUCCAGGAUAUUCGAGGCAGCAAUGAAUGUACAUGGCAACAGUUCUAUGCCACGGGCAAUGCUUCGGAUGCGGCAUUUGAUCAACAGGCGCGCCUCGAAAUGCUUUGGCGGGAUCUCAAUCAGACCAACUAUCGUGUGGCAGACAUGCGACUGCACAUCGAUCGCACCCAAGAGGCAGAGUCGGAGGCCGAGGAUGUGCUCGAGCAUGUGCGCAACUUGAGUGGCCAUGUUGGUGAACAGUACCAGCAAAUCGAUGAUCUCACCGAGCGCAUUGGCAAGCACUUAAAUCAGAGUGUUGUGCACCGUGGCGAGGACAUGCUGAACAGAGCCAUGUUGCAACAAUAUCAGUUGCAGGAGCAGCGUCAUCAUCUGGUUACCACAACUGUGCAACUAAACCAAACACUCGACGACCAGCUAGAGCCACAACGUGAGGUGCGCAAGCAUUGGCUACCAAAGGCGGAGAGACACGCAACUCGCCUGCUCGAGCGCUCCAAUGAGUAUGCGAGAAAAUUUCAACCCACGAGGAAUGGAGCUCGCAUCGCCAUGCUGGCCAGUUCCGCGCAUAGCAAUAUUUCGCAGGCCAUUGAGGAUGCUCGUCAGGCUUCACAGCUCGCCAAGGAGCGCGUUUAUGAGGCACAACACACGCUCUAUCCCAGCGAUGGCAGCUCCAUGAUUGAACGUGCCAAGCACUCGUUGCACAGCUCCAAGCAGCUGCAACGCGAGGCACUGCAGCAGAUGCAACAGUCCACAAUGCUCAAGGACAAGCUGCAGCAGCAAGAGCAACAGGUGGAGGGCGUUAAGCGCAUCAUCUACGAGACGGGACAGCGCAGCAAUAACAUUACCAGCCAUCUGCAGUUAUUGACCAACAAUUCGGCGCGUCGACUGGCCGAGGAGAGCAUGGAGCUUGCCCAGCGCACCAGCGAUCAAAUGAAUGCUGAACUUCACUCGGCUCGGGAAAUGCAACGUUCCUUACAACAUAUGCGCAAAUCAUUUGCAAUGCUGGAGCCCGACUGGGAGAUCAAGCUGGGUAUGGCCGAGGAGAACAUUUCACUGACCAAGACGAAUCUGCGACUGGCGAAUGUGACGCUUAGCUACAUUGAGCAGCAGGCAGAGAAGGAGAAUCAGGUUUUUGAUACCUGGAACAACAGCAUGUCCCAACAGCUGCAACAGCUAAAGGAUAAGAUUGCCAAGGCGCGUCAUGCAGCUGAGGCGAUCGACGUCUCCUUGGAGUCCUUGGGACCAAAGUGUAGCCGCACCUACCUGCCAACCUCCUAUGGCCUAAGCACUUCGAAUUCCCUGCGUUUGAGCUUUGCACUGUCAAACCAUAUGGGCAACUCACCGCUGUUGCAUGUGGAGGGCAGCGAAGGACGGCACAUCACAUUGGAAUUGUACAAGCGACGAGUGCGUCUCGUUUGGAAUCUGGGCGGAAGCACGGCAACCAUUACGCAUCCACUUGAAGUGCAGACGCGCGAUCCCAAAUUCGAUGAUGCCUGGUAUCAAGUGGAAGCGAAUCGUACUCUGAAUCUAGGCAGUUUGUUGGUGCGGCGUAUGAAUAACUAUGGCGCCUUGACGCCAGCGUCACCUGUGACGGGGUCGACCGAUGCGGAGCACACGAGAUUCUCGCAAAGUCACAAUGAGCGCAUUUUGCUGGGCGGCUAUGCCACCAAAGAACUGACGCCGGGUCUCAAUGUGGUAGUGCAUCAGGUGGAGGUGGACAACAAGCCAUUGGGACUGUGGAACUUUUUGCGCAGCGAAGGUCGUUGCGGUGGUGCCAUGAUUGGUGCGAAAGAAUCUUCGGCAUCGUCGGUGGCGCGUCACUUCAAUGGCUUGGGCUAUGCCCAGGUGAUGAAGACGCGACCGCGUCCCUAUCGCAAGAAUCUCUUUGCGCUGCAGAUGACCUUCCGCACGCUGGACGAGAAUGCGUUGCUCUUCCUGGCGGUUGAUGACAAGAACAACCGCUCGGUUUCUGUGACAUUGAGCCGGGGACGCAUUAUGUUCCGCAUCGACUAUGGCGACGAGUCCAAGCUGGAAAUCAACACCACCAAGAAGUAUAACACUGGUCAAUGGAUCAAAAUGGAGGCAGCUCGAGAAUUCUCCGCGAGACGCAGUACUGAGAAUGGCAUGCUGCGUGUGAACAACGAUCGCGCCAUCUCUGGAGCACCCACAUUGCCAGUGAAGAGUUAUAUGUUACCUGAUCUGUCCAAAGCUGUGUAUUACUUGGGCGGCGUGCCACCAGGCUUUACUUCCGGCACCACUAAAGCUCCCGGCGCAGAUAAUCCCUUCCUUGGCUGCAUGAUGGAUGUGCAGGUGAACGGGGAGACUUACGAUCCGCUGGAGAGUUCCACUUAUUUUGGUGUGGAGGCCUCCUGCAAAGACAUGAUUACCAAAGCUGGCUUCUCUGGCAAUGGGUAUUUGGAGCUGCCGUCGCAAUCGCUAAGAAAACGUGCCAAUACAGGCCUUGUUUUCCGCACAUUACAGCCGGAUUGUCUGCUACUGUUAGCCGCAUAUCCGCCAGAAGUGCUGGCAGACUACGAUGCCAAGGAUAUCAAGGGCAACUACUCAAUGAGCUUGAUCGAUGGUCAGCUACAUGUGUGGGUCAACUCUGGUCGCAGCUUCGUGAAAUUGUCCUCAAACUCAAGUCAAUUGAAUGACGGCGAAUUGCAUGUGAUUAAUCUCAUUAAGACUGGACGCAGACUAGAGCUGAUGGUGGAUGAUGAGCAGCAAGAUGUGCGUACCUUAACUGGCUCACCGUCACUGGUCAGCUUACCCCAAGAUGCAGGUGGUCUCUACAUUGGAGGAGCACCGCCACAUGAGAGCUACACGCCGUUGGCGCCCACAUUUAUCAAGCUUGAGGGUGCUGUUCGGGAUGUGGUUUUCAAUAAUCGCACUAUUAACUUUAAUGAUGCCUUGACCUUUGCCAAUGUUCAAAUCGGACGCAAUGGUCCAGUGAUGGGCAGUCUUAAGGGCGGCAUCUACGAUGUGCUUCUCAAGACGGAGCCGAUGAUUGGCAAGAGUUUCACAGCUUCGCCGGAAGGCUGCAAGCGGAUCGGCAGCUACUCAUACGAACCAAAUGCUUUCAAAUUCGGCGAUGAGAAAUACAGUUAUUCCCAGCUGAAGCUACCGGAACGUCACUUCUGGCAACGCAACUUUCACAUGACCUUCGACUUCCGCUCCUUUUACCCGAAUGGCAUGCUCUACUUGUCGCCGGGCAGCAAGGAGAAGCACAAGCAUUAUGUUGCGCUGUUGCUUAAGGACGGUCAGCUGGUGUUAAUCGUGCGUGGACGACGACGUGAGGAGCUACAGCUGACGGCUAAACUGAAUGAUGGCGAAUGGCAUCAUGUGACGAUUAGCUGUCAUGAUCGCAAGGUCACCAUGAGCGUGGAGAUUGGACGAACGGAUCAAAAGACUUCAGCUCAAAUGAAGGUGCCCAAGAAAAUUGGCGCAGCGCAGCUUCUGCUGGUCGGCGGUGUUCCUCAGGCACCAGGGAAGGUGCUUUCGGAGCUCUACAUGCGCCUAGAGCCAUUCAGGGGAUGCCUACGGCGCUUCAGCAUUAAUAAUGCAACACAGGACCUGGCUCGUCCGGGCAAACAUUCGAAUGUGGGACAAUGUUUUCCCACCGUGGAGAGGGGUAGCUAUUUCCCAGGCGAUGCCUAUGCCAUAUAUACGAAAAACUUUCAUGUGGCAAAAUAUUUAGAACUGGAAAUGGAGUUUCGCACUUCCGAAUUAUCCGGCAUCUUACUAAGCGUAUCCGAGCCAAGUGGUUCACCGGCACUUUCCAUGGAGAUUAGCAUGGGCAAUAUUAUCUUCUCUUGCGAUCUGGGAGAUGGUGUGCACUUCCGUGUGGAGUCAACGCUGCCUGGAAAGUAUGCUCUGUGCGACAACAAAUGGCAUAAUAUAUCAGCUCUCUAUGAUGGCGAGCAACUUGCUUUGCGAAUCGAUCAGUUGCCUGCGACAAUCAGCAUGUCAAAUCAACGCAAUGCUGGCAAAGUGCAAACACGUUCGCCUCUCUACAUCGGAGGAUUGCCAGAUACUGCACCCAGCGGUUGUUUGUUGACGCGAGACAACUUCAAGGGCUGCAUUCGCAAUGUCUCCAUACGCAAUGAGAGACGUGACUGGAUCGAAAUGGAUGAUCUGCACAAUGUUCUGCUUAGCGAGUGUCUCGUAUCCAGCGAUGAUAACUGAUGAAGAUCCUGGUUCCUGUGUUGAUGCCACACCGAAACUUUUUCCAAAUGUAUUGUGAUCAAUUAUUGAGUUUUAUAUAGCCAUAGACUUAGAGAACGUCCAGUUAGCAUAUCACUGCCAUAUAAGUACCAUAAUAUUAAUCUAUCUAGCUAUACGUUUCAACUGGAAAAGAAGAAAUUAUCAUUGCCAGUGACUGCAUUUCUUAUGACCAACCAAUCCUAAUUUAUUUUUUUCUUUUCAUUAUUUAUUUUGUUUUCAAGAGGCUUUAUGUUUGCAAUUUGAAUUUAUUUUGAUUUCAUUUGAAAAUAUCAACAUGAAUGCAUUAUUUCGAAUCUCCUCCCGUUUGUACAGAAUUUAUUUAUACAUAAAAUAAAUUAUAUAUUUUAUAAUAUUAGUAAUUUCAUAAUUUCAUUUGUACAUAAAAACGAGCCAUUUAGUAUGUAGAUU